AUGGCUACACAGAAAAAACACAUUGAAGAGAUAAGAAGGAAAAAGUUCUCAAUUGGUGGCAACCAAAACCCUUUGACUGAGGACCUUCAUCAUGCUGUUAAGAAUCUCUCAGAUGAACUUUAUACCAAAGAUAUUCAUUUCCUCAUGGAGCUCAUUCAGAAUGCUGAAGAUAACCACUAUAAUGAAGGAGUGAGUCCAACGUUGGAGUUCAUCAUAACUUCAAAGGACAUAACAGCUACCGGUGCUCCAGCCACGUUACUUAUUUUCAACAAUGAAAAGGGUUUCUCCCCACAAAACAUUGAGUCUAUCUGCAGUGUUGGACGAUCAACAAAGAAAGGCAAUAGGAGCAGCGGUUACAUAGGCGAAAAAGGAAUUGGUUUCAAGAGUGUCUUUCUGGUUACUUCUCAGCCUUAUAUUUUUAGCAACGGAUAUCAGAUAAGGUUCAGUGAGAGGCCAUGUCCACAUUGCAGUCUCGGGUAUAUAGUUCCUGAAUGGGUUGAGGAGAAGCCAACCCUUCAUGACAUAGAGCAGAUAUACGGUGCUGGUAAAGAUUCCCUUCCAACUACAAUAAUUGUCUUGCCUCUGAAGCCGGACAAGAUUGAACCUGUGAAAAAGCAGCUCUCAAGCAUUCACCCGGAAGUUUUACUUUUCCUUUCGAAAAUCAGAAACCUUUCUGUCAGAGAAGAUAACGAGAAUCCCAAAAAGAACACUGUAACUGCUGUGUCUAUUUCAAGUGAGAUCAACUUUGUGACAAGGAAAAACAUGAAUGCUGAGUCUUACACAAUCAAUCUAUCUGCGGGAGAAAAUAGAAGUGAUGAAAAGCAAUGCAGCUACUACAUGUGGAAACAAAGGUUUCCUGUCAAGUUGGAAAAUGUGGUGGAAAGAAGAAUGGAUGUGGAAGAGUGUGUUGUAACAUUGGCCUUCCCAUUUGAGGAGAGGCUUCACAUUCACAAGGUUAAAAGGCUUCGCACGGAUAAGAGCUCUCCUGGGGUUUAUGCAUUUCUUCCUACAGAUAUGGUUACUAAUUUGCCCUUCAUAAUUCAAGCAGAUUUUGUCCUUUCCUCAUCAAGGGAGACAAUUCUCUUGGAUGAUAAGUGGAAUCAAGGGAUACUUGAAUAUGUUCCAUCAGCUUUUGUAGAUGCGUUCAAAACACUUGUCACAGGAUCAGAUGCAGCUCCGGUGUCCAACUUGCCUAUUAUGUUCAAAUUCCUUCCAAUUCAUCAUACUCCUUUAGAGAAUUUCAGUCGCGUGUGUGAAAAAAUCAAAGAAAAACUGCUUGAAGAAAAAAUUAUUCCUAUUGAGACAUUCACAGAUCAGAAGCACUUCUGUAAACCUAGUGAAGUACGCAGGCUACUACCUAAGUUUUGGAAUAUUUUGACAAUGGCCAAAGAGGAAGAAGUGUACUUGCUUGACCUAUCUUCUCAUGAUGGGAGGAAAAUCUUGAAUUCUUCAUUUGAUAAAAGAAAGUAUGGUGCAAUACUCAAUUUCUUAGGGGUGAAACUAGUGGAGGUUGAUUGGUAUGCAAACUGUAUACAGAAUUGUAAUCUUGUCGAUGGAGUAUCAGAUAAUCUCUAUCUUGAGAUUUUAAUGUUUUUUGCUAAAAAUUGGUCUAUUAAAAAGUUGAAUAACUCCAAUAUCAUUAAUAUCCCAUUGAUUAAAUAUGUUUCUUCUGAUGGGACUCCGUCUUUUUUCACUAUCGAAGAAUGCAGACAGAAAGAAGCAGGUGCCAAGCGAGUAAUACUAGCAGACUCAAGUCAGACUUCUUUUUUGAUCAAUUGGAACAAAACAUUUGGAAAUGCAGCAAACCAGUUUUUCAUGCCAGAAAGCACACAGCAAGCUAUCUCGAAGAAGAAGGAUUUGUUAGAUUGGCUUGCAGAUAAUGUUAAUGUUGACAGGCUGAAUUGGUACAUUUUUGCAAAUGGCCUCUCCAGUUCGAUUAAAAGUAACCGCAAGCUUGCCAUUGCAUUUGCUCAUUUCUUAUACCACUCUUUGUCAGCGGGUUAUUUGUCAAGUCAGGAGGUUGAUGAUUUAUGUAGUUCUAUGCCACUUGUGGACAAGCAAGGACGUGUAAAAAAAAGCAGAAACGGAGUUCUUCUGCCUGCAAAUGUUAGCAAAUGGGCAGACUUAAUGGUUUCUAAUCCAUGGAUAAAUGAAGGUUAUGUUGAACUAGGAAAGGCGUACCUAAACACAUCUUAUGCAGGCCAAACUACAGAUUCUGAGAAGUUUAUUGAAUUUCUCAAAACUCAUGUUGGAGCUUCUGACAUACCUCAUCUAUCUCCUCCAAAUGCUGGAUUUUCAGCUGCGGAUACACGACUUACCAAAGACAAUGCUUUUUUACUUUUGGAUUGGAUUCGGGAUCUGAAGCAUAAGAGAGUUCCCCUACCGGAGAAGUUCUUAGAAUGCAUAAAAGAAGGAAACUGGCUUAAAGUUACAGGCAAUGAAUACAUGUCUCCCUCAAAGUCAUUCUUAAUUGGUUCAUUGGGAAAAAUUUUGCAAAGUGGUUCAGUUCUUGUUGACAUUCCCUUUAUUGACGAGAGUUUCUAUGGGGAUAGAAUAAAUGAAUACAAAGAAGAGUUGAAAACAAUUGGAGUGAUGUUCAAUUGUGAGGAAGCAUGUGCAUUCAUCGGAAAAGAACUAAUGACUCGUGCAGCUUCUAUCUCUUUAACCAGGAGUCAUGUUCUUAUGAUGCUUAACUUCAUCCAAUAUCUCUGGAGAAAUCAUCUUCCUUUGGACGAUUUUGUCAACAAAAUCAAAGAGGGAAGUUGGCUAAAGACAUCUUAUGGUCUUAGGUCACCUGAGGGAUCGGUAUUGAAUGAUUCAGAAUGGGAAGUUGCAUCGCAAAUUAGCGAUAUCCCUUUCAUUGAUCAUUCUUAUUAUGGUAAGGAAAUAUUUAGUUACAAAGAGGAGCUCAAGUUGUUGGGGGUGAUUAUUAACUUACAUGGGAAUUACCAAGUUGUCAUUCAGCAUUUAAAGUCACAAUCCAACUUGGCCUCUUUGACAGCUGAGGCUGUUUAUCUGAUAAUGGAAUGCAUCAAAUGCUCAAAUGUUCCGAUCGGAGUCUUAAAUUCAAUAAAGGGAGUGAGCUGCUUGAAGACAAACAUGGGUUUCAAAAUACCAAGUGAAUGUUUUUUGUAUGACCAAGUGUGGGGCUGCAUUUUGUAUGUAUUCAAUGAUCUUCCUGUUAUCGAUCAUAAAUUUUACGGGGAGAAGAUUUUCUCAUACAAAGAUGAACUAAGGAAAAUCGGGGUGGUGGUUGAUUUUGAGAAUGCUAUAAAACUAUUUGCUUUUCUCUUCAAAAAAAAGGCAUUGGAAACUUCAAUUAACCAAGAACAUGUUAUUUCAUUUCUCAAAUGUUACAGGCAGCUGGAAGGAAUGUUUCCUUCUGAUUUCUUAACCAUCAUACGUACAACGAAGUGGUUGCAUACUAGUGUUGGUGGUUUUAGGUGGCCGAGAAAUUGCAUUUUAAAUGGUCCGGAGUGGGAAUCUAUAUCUCCUAUAACCCGUCUCCCUUUCAUCGGUUACAGUGACAAAUGUUAUGGUUACAUGAAAGAGCUGAAGAGCAUCGGUGUUGUUACUGAAUUGAAAGAUGGAUUAAAGUUUGUGUCUGAUUGUCUGAAUUUUCCUUCAGAUCCCUCCACCAUUAGUCCUCAAAGUGUUUUUUCGUUGCUUGAAUGCAUCCAACUUCUAAUGCAAGAAAAUGAGCUUGGAUUAACUUAUGUUUUCAGAGAAAUAUUGUCCGGAAAUUGGUUGAAGACACAUGCUGGUUAUAGGCCUCCAGCGAAGUGUUUAUUGUUUGAUUCCAAGUGGAGUUCUUACUUGAAUCCAACUGAUGGACCUUUUAUUGAUGAGGAUUUUUAUGGACCUAAAAUUGCAUCUUUCCAAAAAGAACUCAAUGCAAUAGGGGUCAUUAGUGAAGUUGGGAAAGGGUGCUCUUUACUUGCCAGUCACGCUGAGUCUCUCUCUGAUCACGAUAACAUCGUGAAAAUAUAUUUGUACUUAUAUAAGCACACCUGGAAACCUCAGGAGAAAACUGCGAGCAAGAUUUGGAUUCCAGAUGGAAAUAAUGGUGGUAAGUGGGUUGAUUCUAAAGAAUGCAUCAUACAAGACCCUGCUAAACUUUUUGGUUCAAAAUUUUAUGUUCUAGAAGAUAUCUAUGAUCACGAUAACAGUAUUGUUCCUUUUCUCGACUUUAUAAUGAAAGUCAAGAAUAAGCCCUCCGUAGAAGAUUAUGUUGAUCUAUGGAAUGAUUGGGGGAGUUCAAUGAAGCAGUUGCAAUAUGAUGAUUGCUACAAGUUUUGGACAUCUAUCUCAAAACAUUUGAGCGCAUAUGAAGAGAAAAAACUUGCCGCGGAGAGUUUGAUGAAACUACCUGCAACAUCAGGAAAUAAUGAAAUAUUUCUGGUAGAUAAGAAAGAUGCUUUUAUUCCUGAUAAUCUUCACAUGAAGAAGCUUUUUGAGCAGGAGAAAGUUUUUGUAUGGUAUCCUCAGUAUAACAUGACACCAUCGUCCAAGUCUGAUAACAAUGCACCAUUGUCCAAGUCUAAACUAUCCGACAUUUACAGAAAUAUUGGUGUUAGAAAUAUCUCUGAAUCACUAUGCAAAGAUGAAUCAUCCUUGGUGAAUGAUGGUGAUAAACUGAACUGUGUUGAUCCAAAUGACAUUUUCAACUUAAAGGGGUUGGUUAGGCUUAUUCUUAGUUUUCUUGCAUUACCUAAACUGAAAAUGGAACCAAAAAAGAGACACGAAGCUGUUCAAAGUCUUACCAACUUGAGUUUCUACGAGACAACGGAGCCAAUCAAUGUAAGCUAUUGUUUAUCAUUAUCAUCAGGAGACAUCAUUACAAAGAAAGCAAACAAAAGGGCGCGUUUGGAAAGUCGAAGGUUUAUCAUCCAGAAGAUGAAUGAAGUUCCCGGUGAUGAAUUGAAAUCUGCUAUAAGUUUCUCUGAAGCGGUAUCUGAAGGCAUUUUGCGUGAGAAACCUGAUCAUGUUGCUGCACUUUCUGAACUAAUCACAUUAGGUUUUGUUGUGAAAUUUAAAAAAGAAGAAAUUGAUGUUCUAAUGGAAUCCAAGAAUCUGCAGAUUGAGCACGAGGAUGAGGAGUUUCUCGGUUCCGCGUUUCCUUCUGGCUAA